ACGAAUGAAUCAAACAUCCACAAAAUCGAAUCUUGCUACAAUGGAAAAGGGAAUUGUAGUAGAGCUGAUUAGAGGGUCGACCAAUUGGACAAAAGUUGUGGAAGAUAUCGUGAAGUUGGAGAAGAAAACGUUCCCUAAACACGAAUCUCUCGCUCAAACUUUCGACGCAGAGCUGCGCAAGAGAAACGCCGGUGUGCUAUAUGUGGAAGCCGACGGAGAAACAGUGGGCUAUGCUAUGUAUUCUUGGCCAUCUUCUCUUUCCGCUUCCAUCACCAAGCUCGCAGUGAAGGAGAAUUGCAGGAGACAAGGCCAUGGAGAAGCAUUGUUGAGAGCAGCUAUCGACAAGUGCAGAAGCAGAAAGGUGCAACGGGUUUCACUUCAUGUCGACCCCACGAGAACUUCUGCCGUGACUCUGUACAAAAAACUUGGGUUCCAAGUAGACUGUCUGGUGAAAAGCUACUACUCUACCGAUAGAGAUGCUUACAGAAUGUACCUAGAUUUUGAUGACUCCAUUUAGCAAAAAAAGGAUUCAUUGGAUUUGGCUGGUGAAUGAUAUGCCUUGUACUGUUGUACACACUCAUUGAUUACUUCUCUACAUCAAUAUAUGUCUAGCAACUUC